AUGGCUGAUGUUGCUCGGCCGGAUCCAAUCUCAUGGCAACAUCCUGUGGAAUCGAAUGAAGGAGAUCCUUGCAGCUCGAAUGAUACAUCAGUACCGGAAGAACUUGCUCUUCUUGCCGAUAAGUAUACAUUCAAUUUUGGUGAGCAGAAGUCACUUCAGAAAGAUGUGAUUAAGCUAAAGAAAAAGAUACGCGUCUCAUGUAACAAACAAAUGCGUAUCAAGCAAGGAUAUGUACAAAUGCAGAAAGUGACAAAAGAAAGAAAACAAUCAGAUUUUCUGAAAAAAGAAAUCCGAGAUUUGAGUGAUCAGAUCAGUGAUAUGAAAGAUGAUUUACAAACAUUGGACAUGUAUGAUAGUGGUGCAUUUGAUGAUGGUGAUGACGUAAAUGGCAUACCAAAUUCUCCUUCUGAAGAGGCUUUAGCAGCAGAUGGUUCAUCUGAUGGUGCGGCUCUCGAAAUAAAUACCGACAAUACGGAAACUGUGACAAAUAGCAGACUUGCGAGCUUACAGAAAGAACUAGACAAAGAGAUGAAAGUUAAAGAUGGUCUCGAACGUUUCCUUGCAAUUGGUCAAACGAGUCGUAAAUUACAAGACGAAUCAAAGAGCAUGUUGUUCGACUCGAAAGCGAAAAUUGCACUACUUCGAAUGCAAAUCGAAAAAAUGCAACGACAGGAGCAAGUUGGUGCUGGCUUGUCCGGUAAAACGAUACCAACAAAGGCAGAAAUGAUCGUUGAUGAUCUUCUAUUUAGACUUCGCAAAGAAGCUGCAAUUGCUGAAGGAGCUCGGAAUAUGAUCAGAAUACUAAGCAGUCAAAGAAAGAGUGAUGGAAAAAGUCUUUCGCAAGCUUUCGACAACCAGAUGCAAUCUGAGGAAAAACUUGAUCUUAUACGAUUAGCAUUAGCUAAGUACAGUGCACGUUUACCAAAUGAUUCAUCGAAAAAAAAUGAAAUUCGUGACGCCAUUUUGGAAUCGGAACGUUUACCUCUCACGGGUCAUCGUGAUCGCCGUGAUGGAACAUUCAGUCCACCGAUCUCUGCUCCUGGAAGUCCAUCACAGGAUGAUUCAAAAUCUGCAAGUCUACCACGUUUAGCGCUUUCACUGAAACGACUCUGUACAUUGCCAUCAUUAGCUGUUAGCGGACGUCUGGAAGUGAGAUUAAUUGGUUGUCAAAACUUAAUGGCCGACAUACCUCGUCGUUUACCACGAACAGAAGUUUCAUCAGUGAUAGCAAUUGGUGGUGAUGGUCUGUCUAGUUUCACACAAAAAGCACGUAGCACACGCGGAUCUGGCCAACGAGCGUCAAGGACAAGAUCUUCAUCAGUUUGGUGUUCUUCGUACGCCUCAACCACCGAUGCAGUUGCAACAGCAAAACUCUCACCAAAUGAUGAAGUUACGGCAACACUCUUACUGGAUAGUCGUGAAGUAGCUUGCACCGAUUCACGACCUGUUUCACAGCAAGCAUGGGAUCAACAUUUUAGUAUCGAUUUAGAUAGGUCAAAAGAGCUAGAAAUUGAAAUUCGAUAUCGUGACUGGCGCUCAAUUUGUGCAUUUACUAUUGUCAAAUUAGGUGAUAUAGUUGAACCAUCAGAACGAGCUGGCAUGGUGCUGAACCUUGAACCUCAAGGGGAUCUGUUUGCUGAGUUCAAAUAUUUGAAUCCAGUUGUUAGUAGAAAGCCUAAGCUUGAGCGACAAAAGCGCCUUUUUAGAGUGAAAGAAAGGAAAGAAAUAGCGAGUGCGAAGAAGCAGCUUGGUGUUGCUGCAUGGAGCCGCUUAAUGAAGCAGUUCGGUGGUUCACAGUCAAAUGAAAGUAUCGAGCCAAUUUUAAGUCCUACAUACGGUGGUUUAUAUACUGCUGCUAUUAAUAAUACUAUUACCACUGCUUCUUUACCACCAAUAUCAAAAACUGCUCACACAUUGCCAUCACGUCUGGCUGCAGAUCGAGCUCUGAUUUCACCAACUUCUGGAUUGUUUCCACCAGAAAAUAGUCAUAUGCGUCCAACACGUCCCCCUCUUGCUCCUAGUUCUAUACGUUUUGGAGACAUUUCAGAAAUAUCAAAACCAAAACAAAACCAACGAAUCCAUGAACAACCAAAGAUACCACCAGCAAUACCAGCUCGACCAUCUCCGAAAACUCAAACUGCAGCAUCUCACAUCGAAUCUCCACCACCCCUGCCAACAUCCAAACCACCGCCUCUAACACAUAAAAAAACUUCACGAUUCACUUCACCUGCGUCUACUCUUACAGUCGACAAAUUUCACCUUAUUUCCGUUUUAGGAAGAGGACACUUUGGAAAAGUUAUUCUUGCUCAGUAUAAAGGAAAUGGAGAAUAUUAUGCACUGAAAGUGCUUAAAAAAGGUGAUGUACUUGGUCGUGAUGAAGUGGAAUCAUUGAUGGUUGAGAAAAGGAUUUUUGAGAUUGCAACAUCUCAUCGUCACCCUUUUCUUGUGAAUCUUUUUGCUUGUAUACAAUCAAAGGAGCAUGUUUUCUUUGUUAUGGAAUAUUCGAUGGGUGGUGAUCUAAUGCGACACAUACACGAUGAUAUUUUCACUGAAGAGCGAAGCUGCUUUUAUGCGGCUUGUGUUUUGUUAGGACUUGAAUUUUUGCAUGCUAAUAACAUCAUUUAUAGGGAUCUCAAACUAGAUAAUCUGUUGCUGGAUCGAGAAGGUUAUGUGAAAUUAGCUGAUUUUGGUUUAUGUAAGGAAGGUAUGGGACCAACCGAUAGGACUUCAACGUUUUGUGGUACUCCAGAAUUCCUUGCACCUGAGGUAUUAACUGAGAAUAGCUAUACUCGCGCAAUUGAUUGGUGGGGACUUGGCGUGCUAAUUUUUGAAAUGUUGGUGGGCGAGCCACCGUUUUCGGGUGAAGAUGAGGAAGAGAUAUUUGAUUCUAUUGUAAAUGAUGAUGUACGCUACCCACGUUUCCUUUCCAUUGAAAGUAUUUCAAUCAUGAGAAGGCUUAUGCGAAAGAAUCCUGAAAAACGAUUAGGUUCUGGGCAGAAUGAUGCACUCGACGUAAAGCAACAACGAUUUUUCAAGCAUGUGAAUUGGGAUUGGGAUAAGUUGUUGAACAAAGAAAUCAAACCGAAAUUUAUUCCACAAAUCAAAAAUCUGGAGGAUGUGAGUAAUUUUGAUGAAGAAUUUACAAAAGAAACACCGCGUUUUUCGUCAGCAAAGAAUAAGCGACCCAUUACUGAUGCCGAUCAGAUGCUCUUCAGAGAUUUUGAUUUUUCUUUGAUUGGUUAA